GCAUAAUUGACAAUCGUUUUCCUUCUCGUGGGAGGGGCUUGUCUGAAGUUUAAAAUCAUUGGUCUAAACGUAAGCCAAUCACACAUAACAUUUGGAUAUGAUGUGCUUUAUGCGCUGGAUCAGCCGCAUCGAAUCUCUGCUGUAAAAUACACGUAUGAUGUGAAAACAAACCCAUCGAGCGAAAUACCAGAGUUAACAUGGCUAUGAACGACUUUUGCAGAUUAUGUAAAGUAAUGGCGCUUUUCCAUUGCAUAGUACCCCACGGUUUAGUUUAGUUUGGGUCGGGUCAGCUCACCUCACUUUGGCUUGGUUUGCUUUUCCAUUGAGUUUUUUUGUGUCGCUUCCGAGUGGGAGGUGUUUAGAUUUGUCGUGUAUAUGCGCCGCCCUAUAUUGCCGUGACAUCAUCGUAAACGCGACUCAUACAAACACAAACAAAGCGCGCCUCAUACAAACGACGAGCAAUGGAGCAUAUCGAAGGAAUGUUUUUCUUUAUUCUCGGCAUGUGGAUGUUUUUUACUUCAACACAACGAGGUUUGUUUCAAAGGAGGCUGAUGGCAGCAAAAGAAAAUACAGCCAAGAAGUACAAGAAAGUUUUUGAACUUAUACAAAAAAACGCACAGUACAACAGAAGGUGUGCUCAACGGCGCGCAAAGAUCUCUGAUUUUUUGCAAAGACGACGCCUCAGGCCAUCUGUUUGGGCAUUUGACCGAGCUUCUGAGUGGUGGGAUGUGAUUGUUCCAGGGUUCACAAACAGUCAGUGGCUGGAGAAUUUCAGAAUGUCUGAAGAAACGUUUGUCUACUUGUGCAACAAACUGCGUCCAGCGAUAAGUAGAAAUGACACAAACUUCCGCGUGUGUGUAUCUCCAAGGAAGAGAAUAGCCAUCGCACUGUGGAAGCUGGCAACGGGCUCCGAGUACAGAAGUGUUGGACAUCUUUUUGGAGUAAGCAUAACAACAGUUUGUCGAUGUGUUCAAGAGUUCUGUGCUGCAGCAGAGGCAUUGUUGGUACCAGAACAAAUUCGUCUACCAGACCAGGAAAAGUUUAAAGAAAUGGCUGCUUACAUUGAGAACAGAUGGGGUCUCCCACAGUGUAUUGGUGCUAUAGAUGGAUCACACAUACCUAUCAUAGCACCAGAAGACACUCCAUUAUCCUUCAAGGUCUUGUGGAUGGUAAAGGACUUUUCUGGAAUGUUUUCACUGGACUGCCUGGAAGCAUGCAUGAUGCUCGGGUUUUGA